GAAAGUGGUGCACAACUUUGUGUUUAUCAUUUACAUGCACUUGAAAAUGCGAUAUGUAUAACUUCAACAUGGCAGGAUUAAAUUUAGCUGGAAAGAACAUUUUAGUAACCGGUGCCGGGAGGGGAUUAGGCCGAGCCAUCGCCAUUGCUCUUGCUGAGCAUGACAGCAAAGUGUUUGCUCUAAGCCGCAACCCGUCCACUCUCGAUUCACUUGUGAAAGAGCAACCGAGUAUAGAACCGAUUGUGGCUGACGUUUCGGACUGGCAAGAGACUAGACGUAAACUUGAAGACCUCCGAACGAUGGAUGGACUAGUGAAUAAUGCUGGAAUUAUUGAUACCGACCCGGCUACUAAAGUGUCGAAAGAAAAAAUAUACAAGAUAUUGGAUACAAAUUUGCUCGGUGCUAUCAACUGUACACAAGUAGUUGCAAAUAAAAUGAUCCAAGUGGGAAGACCAGGAUCUAUAGUAAAUGUGUCGAGUAAUACUAGCCUAAUUGCUACAGCGAUCGGAAUUCUGCCUUAUGCUAUGUCGAAAGGAGGACUGGACGCCGCGACUAGGCAGUUUGCUCUUGAACUCGGACCGUACAAUAUCAGAGUUAAUUCUGUUAACCCAGCUCUUUUCAGGACAACGAACAUGUCAGCACAGUUAACUGAAGAAUUUCCAGAGCUAAUUAAACAGAUGGAGCUUAGAACUCCAUUGAAAAGGUUAGCGGAAGUGAAUGACGUCACCGGCCCAGUCUUGUAUUUCCUCAGCGACCUUUCCUCUAUGGUGACAGCAACGUGUAAUGUUAUAGACGGUGGGACCUUAAACUGUACCGUAUACUAGACACGCUACUGUGUAUCAUACAAGAACUAACUUUCAUAAUACAUGUAUUAUGGAAACUGCUCAAAGUUUAACAGCCUCGAACUUAUAUAAGCCAAUAAUAUACUGUGUUCACCAAAACAUCCGCAAAUUCUUAUAACAAGAUGACAGCCUGGAGAUUUUAAAACGAAGAAUGAACUUUUGACUAAAUCCGGAACAAAUGAUGGCAAUAACUUUUUUAACGGUAGAAUAAAUGUAUAAAAGUUUUGAUACAUCCUGACUCAAUGUUAUACACGUGUUCAAUGUGGAAAAACAAUACAAGACGAAAAACCGGGAUUUGUGCCAACAGUUCUGGGUAAUGCUGACAUAGAAUUUCUUUUGUCUUCUAUGGCAGAAAAAGACUAGAAAGUAACAUAAAGAUAUUGAGGAGGUAGUCAGAACCAAGAACAUUUCGGCACAUGAUUGAAGAACGAUCAGAUUUACUUUCAUUCAGUGUUGUACUUCGUUUAAGUUAUUAUAUAUCUAUAUAAAUUCUGUAACCAGAACCGGCUUCACAAGUAAAUAUGAACAGGCAGAAAAUAAUC